AAAGACCGAAGUCGUCAGUGGAGUGAAGCUUCUCGGCCGCUCAGCUGGACUCUCACCAUGCUGAUCCACCGGGAGCUGCUGGCGAUGCUACUGGUGCUACUGGUGCUACUGGUGCUGGCUCUCGAAGGCCGAGUCCACGCAGCCGAGAUCAUCGGCGGCCGCGAGGCCGUGCCGCACAGCCGGCCGUACAUGGCUCUUCUGAACCUGCACAAGAAGGACGGUCCCACUCAAUACUGCGGCGGCUUCCUUCUGAACGCCGACUUUGUGAUGACGGCGGCGCACUGCCAGGCCCGGUCCUUCACAGUCUUUCUAGGACUUCACAAUAUCAAAGAGAGUUAUGGACAGCCGCGUAUAACUGUGGAGCAAGCAUUCCCACACAAAGGCUACAAUGCAUCUAAUUACAUAAAUGACAUCAUGCUUCUCAAGUUGAGCUCCAAGGCUAAUUUCACCCAAAAUGUGAGACCCAUUGCUCUCGCAGACCAUAGCGACGUCUCUCUGCCCAGAUCCUGCCUGGUCUCCGGCUGGGGAGCAGGAACCGAGCGAAACCAGUAUUUGUCUGAAGUCCUCAUGGAGGUCGACGUCACGCUCGUCGACCGCAAGCAGUGUGCUGAAAAACACCUGUACUGCUCCGAGGAGAAGACGGGGCUGAGUAAAGGAGACUCCGGUGGCCCUCUGGUCUGCGAUGGGAAGGCGUACGGCGUGGUGUCCUCCACCUUCACACCAAAAUCAGGUGCCCCGAAAAUCAAUUGUUUCGCCAAGAUCCCUGACGUCGGAAGAUGGAUCCGUUCGACCAUGGCCGACGCGUUGAAACGCCCCCGAUACGCUCCACGAUUGAUUGAUCAAUUACCGCCAUCUUGAAUUCAACCGCCGACAACGUCCGCUGUGCCAAUGAGUCGCUUUACACCGAUUUAUAAAAUAAUGUGCUUCGCUUUGAUGUUUGAGACAAUUUCCAAGUUUUUUAUUUGUUUACUUGAGGGAAGAGAACUUCAAAUAAAUGUGAAAUGGUUCAUUUAUGUAA